AUCGAUCCAUUAUAAGCUCACGUCCCCACAAGAAGCCAGUCAUGUUCCCAGUUACCUACCAAACAUGUUAUGGGAAGAAGCCGUCUCGACAAAACGCAGGGAAAGGGAAUCAAAACUGCCACCCAAAUGGCUCAUCCCUUCAGAUCAACUACCACCAAGCGAUGUCCUCAAUGUCCAAAAUGUACCUGAAACUCUAGGUUGUCUCUCAGAAAGGGAAAUCGGGAUAACAGGAGCCGGAGUUUCGGAAAUCUUGAGCAAAAUCGCCAGCCGCCAAUGGACGUCGAGGGAAGUGACUGAAGCUUUUGCCCAUCGAACCACUAUUGCCCACCAGUUGCUGAAUCCCAUUACCGAGGUGAAUUUUGAGACCGCGUUUUCUCAGGCAGAUUACCUUGACGAAUACCUCGCUCGAGAGGGAAAGACGAUCGGUCCAUUGCACGGCCUUCCAAUCUCAUGUAAAGAUUCUUGCGACGUAGAAGGUCUCGACACAACCAUGGGCUACUCUGCUUGGGUGGGGAGUAAAGCUAAGAAAGAUUGUGUCAUGAUUGCAUCAUUACGAGCUGCAGGAGCAAUCCCAUUUGUGAAAACCAAUCUCGGUCAUACACUUAUGAUGGGCGAAACCGUUAACCAUUUAUUUGGACGAUCGCUCAAUCCCUGGAACAGAUCUCUUACCCCCGGAGGCAGCAGCGGCGGUGAGGCAGCUCUUCUCGCUUUUCGUGGAAGUCCAGUAGGCUGGGGAACAGAUAUCGGUGGAAGCAUCCGGCUACCUUCAGCGUCGACUAACCUGUACGGUCUGCGACCUUCUCCCGGGCGAGUAUCGUAUCGCGGCUUGGCGGACACAUUCCUCGGCCAAGAGGCCGUUCGAUGCGUCCUGGGGCCCAUGGGUCAGUCACCUUCUGACCUCGAAUUGCUCAUGUCUGUCUACAUGGCCUCAAAGCCAUGGAACAACGACCCGGAUGUAAUCCCACUCGAGUGGAAGAAACCAAGUGAUGCGCUGGCCGAGAGACCUUGUUGUUUUGCUUAUAUUAACGGCGACGAAUUCGUCACACCGCAUCCUCCAAUCCAACGAGCUCUCAAACAUGUUAUUGAAAGACUACGAAAAGCUGGGCACCAAGUAGUAGAGUGGCAAGGUCCGCUCGCCAAAAAUGCCGGUCGUUUGAUGCUAGAUUUCUGGACUGCUGACGGUGGGGAAGAAGUUCGCCAUCGAGUUGCUGCCUCAGGGGAACCUAUGAUCCCUGAAGUAGCCCAACUACUCCGCAUGACCCCAGAAUCCGAUUUUGUACCCCCAACUGUCAGUCAGACAUGGAGAAACCAACAUGAACGUGAUCUAUGCGCCAGGCAAUUUUUGGAUCACUGGCAAGAUAGUGCCUGUUGGUCAGGCUGUGGAGAGAUCAUUGAUGGUUUAAUCAUUCCUGCAGCCCCAUUCCUUGCUCGACCUCAUGGAGCAGAUCUACCCAGUUCCAAAUGGGGAGUGUUUGAACACACCUAUGCCGACUUUCAACCUCUUUUCCAACUGUCUACAGGUUCAUUUCCGAGUGGCCUGUUCCAAGAUCCAAGCAUCGACUUGCCAUUGAAAGGGUUCACUCCAAGGAGUGACUUGGAUAAAGUGGUACAAGCCUUAUAUUCUGACCCAGAAGAAUGGCGAGGUGCACCUAUUGGAUUUCAGCUGGUAGGACGACGAUUGGAGGAGGAGAAAGUUCUAGCCAUGCUGCAGCAAGUGCAAAAAGCUCUAGAGUAGGAUUCACUGGCUCAGCAUGAAAUGAUUUUGAGUGAGAAUGUAAUUUUUGCACUGAAUUGAGUAUUCAUACAAAUUGGGCAUUGGUGAGGGAGGAUAAAUCUUUUACCAUAGCUAUGUAUACAAAAUUCCAUCGACAUACCAAAGGAAUAGAGUAGUACUUUGGACCUCACAAGGAAUUUGUAAGGAUACAGAGGAACGAGAGUAGGAGGAAGAGAAGGAGGAGAACGAGAGGAAGAAAGGAAAGUAGUUUGGGGUGCCGAGAGGAAAGAGAUGGAGGGAAGAAGGAGAGAGGAAGAGUAGGACCGUGCAAGGAGGCGUUAGGGAGGAUAGAGGUCCGAGCAGAGGAUACAGGGAAAGUGUGAGAAAGAUGAGUCAGCUCAUAGAGCUGGUGAGAAAGAUAUAAAAGGCAUAGCCUUUAGAGUAGAUAAAAUGCAUAGC